GUUUUUGUGACGUUAGAAUGACAGGUCUAUAGUAAAAUUAGCGAGGCUUAUAUCACUUUCUGUUGAAGCCUCUGUCGUGUUGCAAAUCAGGCAACAAUUGAAUUGGUCUGAGGCAAGACUCCAAUCAUCAACAUUUAUCAAAUUCACAGCCCUCAUCCACCCAUCAUCGGAAGAUGUUGCCUCGCGUGCAGAAAACAUGCUUAACUGACGAUGCAAGGGCCCAUCCGAGACGGCUGAUUCAGAAUUCCCUGGUCCACAACUCUCCACCUAACAACUACUCAGGGCCGACAGGCUUUCAGUUUGACAAAAAAGGAAUGGUUCUUCCUCACAGUAUCCUGGGAAAUGUAGAGGAUUUCAAAAGCUACCUUGAGGCCAGAGGAGAAACAGAGUUGUUGAAGCGAAUGCCGAUAUCCAACACCGAUGCUUCAACUACGAUCCCAGUUAUUCCAUUAGAGAGCCCUGAAGAGAUGCCGUCGGACAGUCGAAAUACUCAGAGCAACGCCCUGAAGCAUUGGUCCACGGCUAUGAGACGACGGAAGAAGCAGGCGUUUUCAUUGUCAGAUCAACUGAAGAGACCAGUGGAGUACCUGCUGAUGAACCAGACCAAUGACUACAGAGACGUCCAGGAACAAAAGGAAGUCUUGAAUCAAGUCAUGCCGCUCAUCCACCAUGGAUACGGUUAUCACGUGGGCAGCGAAUUCUGGAGCCUUCCUCAGAGGUUUGGAGAUGAAAUGACCGGCAUCACAACAACUCUGACUCUGAGAGAUCAAGGCAAGAGGGAGCCUGUCAUGUUCAUCGGGCAGUCAACCAACAUGCGUAUUGAAUCAGGAAACAUCUACACCGAGUGUGUGCGACGAGCCACGCGGACGUGGACCCAGAGUUUGUACCUGCAGGAGAAACGCGAGGAGAUUGCUGAAGUCCUGCACGACUUUGAAUUCAGAAAGCCGGACAUGAGUGGACUGGAGGUCAUUGGUUCAAACAAACCCACGGUUUUCGUUGAAGUCACUCGCAGCCCCUUUCUGGAGGAGGAAAAGGAAAAAAAGGAAGACAGUGAAAUUAAGGAAGAGAAUAUAGAUCAUCUGUCGUCCUUCAGCGAUGACCGGCCGGUCAUUCCUGCGCUCAGGUUUUGUGGUCAGCUCGCCAGCUGGACCGGAAACACUCCCAUUCAUCAGGGUAAAGUUGGAAUCAAUGCCACAAUCAUCUUCGAGGCUGCCGCAAGAGAAAACGCUGUUUCCUACGUUGACCUGCGUAACGAAGGCAACACGGCCAUCUUCUUCAGCUGGCAGCAGCUGCUCUUGCCGCAGAGCUUUUCGAACCUCAAGCCCCAAACGAAGAGUCCGCACUUCUUCUUCGACUCCGCCUCCGGUGUGAUACUUCCAGGCUCCAGUGAGCAGAUUGAGUUUGUGUUCAAGUCGCAGAGCCCAGGCAUCAAAACGGAGCAGUGGCAGCUCAACACUCACCCGGUGCUGCUGCAAGGCGCCGCCUUGCAAGUCACCCUGAGGGGCGUUUCGCUCUAUCAUGACAGCACAGUGGACGAGAGGCAGUUGUUAGAGAAAAACCUGGAGAAGUCGGUGACGGUCAACAUGUGCAAGUCCAUAAUGUAUGACAUCCUGAUGGGGAUUCACACUCCAGAGAGACCCAGCUCUCCUGCAGACCUCUACAUAACAGAGGAGGAGGACUUCCUCAACAAAAACCCAAAACUACAAUACAGAGAUCAGCCAGUGGAGGAUUUGAAGAAACUGUGGCAUGAAGUGAAUCCCACUGUGACUUGGGACCUCUCUGUGGACACACUCAGAGAGGGUGUGCUCUCCCUGCCUGAGCACGGGACUUAUGAGUGGACAAUCACCAGAGAAAAAGGUCUGGAGAAACUCAACACGCUCUUGAUCAAGCUCUCGGAACCUUUGCCUAGAAACAACCACCUCACAGCGGUGGAAAUGGGGAAGCAUUUGUGGGGGAUCUUGUUCGACAGUUUGGCUGCAGAGGCGGUCUGGCUCAAACAGUUACUGGGCCUCCCAGAGAGAAACACGUGGAUGCAGAGUGAAACUGAACAGGACACCAAAAAGAAGGACAAGAAAAAGAAGGAGGACCCAAAGAAGGGGGCUAAGGAAAAGCCUGAGGAGCAGAUUGUUACAGAUCCGGAGAUGAUCGUCAUAUACAAGCGACUGCUGCGUCAAAAGGUGUACUCCAUGAUCGAGGAGCUGGUGGAGAACCUGUGCAGCCUGAUGGAUGAGCGGGAAAUCAUAGAAGACGACUUUGACAUUGACUUUUACGUUUGAAAACCACGCUUGACGGCGUGUCUUUUUUUAUUUUUGGGUCCAGUUUGCAUUGUAAAACAAAUAAAAGUGGAGG